AUGCUGCACGACAUCCACACGCUCCUCAACAAGAUCUUCACCCGCAACCGAAACCAGCACCAGCGCUGCACGUGGUGGAAAUCCCUGCACGGCUUCCGGCGGCAGAUUGGGCUUCUGCUGCAGGAGCUGGAGAAGGGGCCGGUCAAGGAGCGGGAGGGCAAUGUGGAAGCGAGCACGUUCAGCCAACUCGUUGCUGUCGGCCCCUUUGCCAUGCUGGGGCUCGUCAUGAUGGCGAGUGUUGCGCGCGUGUGCCGGAUUACCGGCAUUACGGCCGUGUAUGAAGAGAUCGCUUCGGGCGACGUUCAAGGCGUUUUGAGCGCGAGCGAUGAAUUGGCUCUGGCGGGGGAGUUUAGUAUGGUGUUGGAUGAGGGGGAGGAGUGGGAUGAGGGGGUUGUUGUCGCUCGGGGUGAGGAGGAGGAUGACGAGUAG